AUGUUAUACUCCUAAAUAAUCAAUUUAAACAUUUUGUCUACUGCAAAAAGAAGGAAUUACAUUUUUUUAGUUAUCCUAAAUCCAUUCUAAAUUAUAAUAUUCUUGAUUAAAUUGUUUUUCUUCAAAAAAGUUUUUAAACCAACCAUCAAAAACUUAUCUAUUUAAUAUAUUAUAUCCGCAACCCAUAUCCUCGUUAAGUCUUUAUUCUCUUUUCUUGAAGAUGUUAUUCCAAAAGUUUACAUCAAUUUAGUUUGGAUUUUUUAUUUAAGAUACAAAUUUGUUGACAAUAUCUAAUAAAUUUUAAUUUUCAAAUUCAGGAAAUUUGUUCAUUAAACUUUCUAUUUUGCUAGAUAAAUGUUCGUAGUCUUCAAUCUUACCUAUGAAAUGAAUAUUUUAAAUACCACAUAAUAAAACAAAUUUGUACUCAAAAUACUCUUUCAUAGCAGAUAAAAACACCAUUUAAGAUGA